CUCACUCCGGUACUUGUAAUCUGUUACUCCCCAACACUGAUGUGCAUGAAAACACACUCAUUCUUACAUAUGAUUUACUAUGUGUGAUUUUAUGUGUAUUUAGUUACAGUUACUUUAUUUGAACAGUUUAAAAAGUGAUUUUAAUUGACACUUUCUUUCCUUUGUUCUGAUGCAGAGCUACAAGAUCCACCAACAGAAUGACCUUCACAUGUGACCAGUGUGGAAAGGUGUGUCCAAAUGCUUCCAGACUGAAAACACACUACAGAUCUCACACAGGAGAAAGACCGUACGAGUGUGACCAGUGUGGGACGGGAUUCAAACACUCUAGUCAUCUCCAUCAACAUAUGAGAAUCCACACAGGGGUAAAACCAUACAGAUGUGAUGUUUGUGAGAAGACAUUUUCACAGUCAGGCAGCCUAGAAGCACAUCUGAGAGUUCACACUGGAGAGAAACCGUACAGAUGUGAUGUUUGUGAGAAGACAUUUUCACAGUCAAGCAGCCUCGAAGCACAUCGGAGAGUUCACACUGGAGAGAAACCGUACGAGUGUGACCAGUGUGGGAUCCAAUUUAGAAAGUCUAGUGGCCUCCAUCAACAUAUGAGAGGCCACACAGGAGUAAAACCACACAGAUGUGAUGUUUGUGAAAAGACAUUUUCACGGUCAGGCAACCUAGAAGCACAUCUGAGAGUUCACACUGGAGAGAAACCGUACGAGUGUGACCAGUGUGGGACAGGAUUCAAACAGUCUGGUUAUCUCCAUCAACAUAUGAGAAUCCACACAGGAGAGAAGCCAUAUGAAUGUGAUGUUUGUGAAAAGACAUUUUCACAGUCAGGCCACCUAAAAUCACAUAUGAGAGUUCACACUGGAGCGAAACCGUACAGAUGUGACGUUUGUGAGAAGACAUUUUCACAGUCAGGCCACCUAAAAUCACAUAUGAGAGUUCACACUGGAGCGAAACCAUACAGAUGUGACCAGUGUGAUAAAACUUUCUCUCAAUCAUCCAAUCUCAGUAGACACAUGAGAGAAAACCGCCGGCAGACAGUCUACGAGUGUGACCAGUGUGAAAAGUUCUUCAGAACAUCCCAGGAACUCUCCAGUCACUACCGAACGCACACAGGAGACGGACCAGACGACUGUGAAGAAAGAGGGAAGGAUUUGGGGUCUGUGGGGAAAGGAGAAAAAGCUGCUGAGGCCAGAUCGAGUGAGCCUAAAGUCAGACUCAACCAAUGCUUCAACCAAUCAGAUUUCGAGUUGGUAUCACCAGGGCCUUCAGCGGCGAACGAUGUCACCGGAUUCAGACCCACUGAUUGAACAGUCAGAGAGAAAA